AUGGAGAUGGCACCCCCAAGAAAUGUGAAGGAGGUACAAAGCCUCAACAGCAAAAUAGCGGCAUUGAAUAGAUUCGUGUCAAGAGCAACGGACAAGUGCUUACCUUUCUUUUGCAUAUUGAAGAAAUCUUUCGAGUGGACUGCCGAGUGUCAGCAAGCAUUCGAGGAGUUAAAAGCCUAUCUAUCUUCCCCACCACUGUUAAGUCCCUCGCAACCAGGUGAAGAGCUUUUCCUCUACCUGGCCGUCUCCCUCGUUGCCGUCAGCACCGCCUUGAUUAGAGAAGAAGAUAGGGUGCAGAAACCCGUAUACUACGCCAACCGGACGCUUCGUGGAACUGAAGAAAGAUACCCGCCCAUGGAAAAACUCGCUUUUGCAUUAGUCACGGCAGCCCAGCUGAGCGAGUUUGACAUCCAGUAUCAACCAAGAACCGCUAUCAAGGGACAAAUCAUCGUGGACUUUAUAGCAGAAUUUACGAGCGACGAGGGCGAGGGGGCAGAGGAGGCUCCCCAGUGGAGCAUACAUACAGAUGGAUCAUCCAACAGACAGGCUGGAGGGGCCGACAUCGUACUACUCUCACCCAAGGGGGACACGGUUGAGUGUAUGGUCCGUCUAGACUUCCCCAUUACCAACAAUGAGGCGGAAUAUGAAGCACUCGUGGCGGGGCUCGAUCUUGGUAAAGCAGCAAGGGCCGAAAGCGUGAUCAUUUAUUGCAACUCACAGGUCGUUACUAAUCAAGUGAAUGGAGACUAUGAGUAUCCUGACGAUGUACAAAAAAUUGGCUCCGAGAACAACUGGACCACACCACUGGUUUCCUACUUAAAGAACGGCGUCUUGCCAGACGAGAAGGAAGCCACAAGAAAAUUGAAGGUCCAGGCAGCAAGAUUCGUCUUAAUGAAAGAUGUUCUGUAUAAAAGAGGUUUCUCUCAUCCAUUUCUGAGAUGCUUAGGUACGGAAGAAGCGGACUACGCCAUGAGAGAAAUCCACGAGGGUAUCUGUGGAAACCACUCAGAGGCACGGUCGUUAGUACACAAGUUGAUCCGAGCUGGAUACUACUGGCCUACAUUGUUAAAGGACGCACAAGCUUAUGUCAAGUCAUGCGAAAAGUGUCAGAGGUUUAGCAACUUCAUCAAGCAACCAUCCGAAGAGCUGACCCUGAUGACGGCACCUUGGCCGUUCGCUUAA